AUGGCGGUGAGGCGGCGGCAGAGGCUCGGGCCGGGCGGCGGGCGAGCGCUGCUGGGCGCGGUGCUGCUGUGCGUGUGGUGGCGGGCGGCGGCCGAGCGGGUCCGCUACGCCAUCCCCGAGGAGCUGGGCAGAGGCUCGCUCGUGGGGCCGCUGGCGCGGGACCUGGGGCUCAGCGCGGACGAGCUGCCGGCGCGCAAGCUGCGGCUGAGCGAGGAGAAGCAAUACUUCAGUGUGAAUGAGGAGAACGGGAACCUGUACGUGAACGAGCGGCUGGACCGGGAGGAGAUGUGCGGCGAGUCGGCGACCUGUUUUGUCAGCUUCGAGGUGCUGGUGGAAAACCCGCUGAACAUUUUCCACGUCGACGUGGCGAUCGAGGAUGUGAAUGACAAUUCCCCGACCUUCAGCAACGAUGCGCUGGACCUCGAGAUUGAUGAAUGGACGCUUCCCGGUACUAGUUUUCCGCUAGAGAUGGCCCAUGAUGCGGACGUGGGCAGUAACUCGCUGCUGACUUACCAACUCACCAGCAGCCCGUCCUUCUCUCUGGCUAUGAAGGAUAGUCCAGAUGGAAGCAAAGUGGAAUUGGUUCUGGAGAGAGCCCUGGACCGAGAAAAGCAGAGCUCCUUUGAGUUGAUGCUGACAGCAGUAGACGCCGGAGACCCGAUGAGGUCCGGAACUGUCCAGAUUCGGGUCAACGUGACGGACGCAAAUGACAACCCGCCCGUAUUUGCGCAGGACCGGUACCGCGUGAGCCUGCGCGAGGACACACCGCCAGGCUCGGAAGUACUGAACCUGUCAGCCUCAGAUGCCGACACCGGCACCAACGCCCUCAUCAACUAUGGCUUCGGGAAAAUGCCGAUCAAGACACUUCAGAAGUUCGCGGUCGACGCACAGAGUGGAUCUAUCACGUUGGCCGGGGCUUUGGACUUCGAGGCCGCGCGCACAUUUAGCCUUACUGUGGAGGCCAAAGACGGAGGGGGUUUGCUGGCGCACUGCAAGGUGGAGGUGGAGGUGCUGGACGUGAACGACAACCCGCCCGAGAUCACGGUACUAUCCCUGUCGAGUCCCGUGCCCGAAGACGCUCCGGUCGGUACCGUGGUGGCCUUGCUCAAAGUGCGGGACAGAGACUCCGGCGAGAACGGUCAGGUGUCGUGCGAGCUGUCGGGCGAGGCGCCGCUGUCGAUCGUGGCGUCGCCGGGCGGCUCGUACAAGGUGGUGACGGCGAGCGCGCUGGACCGCGAGCAGGCGUCCGAGCAGCGCGUGACGGUGGUGGCCCGGGACCGGGGCAGGCCGGCGCUGUGGAGCAGCACGGAGCUGGUGCUGGAGGUGUCGGACGUGAACGACAACGCGCCGGUGUUCGAGGAGGCGGCGUACAGCGCGUACGUGACGGAGAACAACGCGGCGGGCGCGCUGGUGCUGCGCGUGCAGGCGCGGGACGCGGACGCGGGCGCCAACGGGCGCGUGAGCUACUGGCUGGCGGGCGGCAGCGCGGGCGCGGCGGGCGCGGCGCCGCUCGUGUCGGUGGAGGCGCGGAGCGGCGCGCUGUACGCGCAGCGCUCCUUGGACUACGAGCAGUGCCGCGAGUUGUGGGUGGCGGUGCGGGCGCAGGACGGCGGCGCGCCGGCGCGCAGCUCCACGGCCACGGUGCGCGUGUUCGUGCUGGACCGCAACGACAACGCGCCGCGGGUGCUGUGGCCGGCGGCGGCGGCGGCGGCGGCGGGAGAGGCUCCGGCAGCGGCGCCGUUCGAGGUGGUGCCGCGCUCGGCCGAGGCCGGCUACCUGGUGGCCAAGGUGGUGGCGGUGGACGCGGACGCGGGGCGCAACGCGUGGCUGUCGUACGAGCUGGUGCAGGCGUCGGAGCCGGCGCUGUUCCGCGUGGGGCUGCACAGCGGCGAGGUGCGCACGGCGCGCGCCGUGUCCGAGCGGGACGCGGCCAAGCAGCGAGUGGUGGCCGUGGUGAAGGACCACGGGCAGCCGGCGCUGUCGGCCACGGCCACGCUGCACGUGGUGCUGGCCGAGAGCUUGCAGGAGGCGCUGCCGGAGCUGAGCGAGCGGCCGGCGGGCGCCGAGGCGGCGGCGGCGGCGGCGGCCGAGCUGCAGUUCUACCUGGUGCUGGCGCUGGCGCUGCUGUCGGCGCUCUUGGUGCUGAGCGUGGCGCUGGCCGUGGUGGCGCGGCUGCGCCGGGCCGGGCCGCCCGCCGUGCUGCGCUGCCUGGGCGCGCAGCGCUUCUCGCUGGCCGGCGCCGCCUUCCCGGCCGACUUCUGCGAGGGCACCUUGCCCUACUCCUACAACCUGUGCGUGGCGGCGCCGGCCCGCGCCGUGCCCGAGGCCGCUUGGCCGCCGCCGCCGCCGGUGCCCGUGCUGUCGGCGGAGGAGCUUCUGGGCGGGGAUGAGUGCGAGAAACCGAACCCGAACAGCAGCGCUAUAGAGGGAGAGGUGCCUGCCAAUCCCGACGCACCGCAGGUCUUUACCGGUGUGCAAGGCAGCGCUCGGUGCUGCAGUGCCGGGAGGAGGCUGCGGGCGCCGCUGUUGACCGAGAGGAGCGAGAGGAAGCUCGGAGCGCUGCAGCCCCGCCCGCUGCGGACAGAAUCGGUCGCUCUCUCCGUAUGA